AUACAUGACAUUAUGAGUCAGUAGCUGUGUGAGCACUAACAUAGUGUGUGCUACACCUGCCUCACACAUCCACACUCAGUAUCCACAACUUAUAUUUCUCACAGAGAUAGAAGAGGAAAAAAAUCAGCAUCGUGUUCUCGGCAUGGCUGAGAGUUCAAAAACUGAUGUUCGUAUAAGCAAAGCACUGUCUUGGUUACUCCGUCAUGGGGCUGAGAAGGAAGGCUUGAUUCUUGGUACAGGAGGUUGGGCCAAACUGGAGGAUGUUCUUCGGAAACCAACUUUUAAGAAAGUUAAAGUUGAUAAGGUUAAGGAGAUAGUGGCUAACUGCCCCAAACAGCGCUUUGCACUUAAAGAAGAGAAUGGUGAAUUUUACAUCAGGGCCAAUCAGGGACAUUCAAUCCAGGUUGAUGACUUAGACCUUGAGGAGAUAACCAUUGCCAGUGAUGCAGAGUCUGUAGUUCAUGGUACAUAUUAUCGGCACUGGAACAGUAUCAAAGAACAAGGUCUUUGUCGUAUGAACCGCACACACAUACAUUUUGCACCAGGUCUUCCUGGAGAAGCAGGGGUCAUCAGUGGUAUGCGUUCAUCCUGUCAGAUAUUCAUAUAUGUGGAUCUUGCCAAAGCUUUAAGAGAUGGCUUCAAGUUCUUCAAAUCGGCUAACAAUGUGAUAAUGUGCUCAGGAAAUGAAGCUGGAUAUCUUCCCCCAGAAUAUUUUCUUAAGGUCGUUGACAAAAGGACUAACAAGGAGUUGGUGUAGAUGAUGGACGGCCCUACAAUUAACUUGUUUCUGAAAGUAUUUUAAUAUUUGUAUCCAUAUUGCAAGCUAUGGAUGAUUAUUGUUAUUAUUGGCUUGAACAAUAAUAUUAAGCAUUUUAUUAAGU